CCCGCCAGCCGUCGGGAUGUCAAUGGGCCUGGAGCUCACGGGGGUGGCCCUGGCGGUGCUGGGCUGGCUGGGCACCAUCCUGUGCUGCGCGCUGCCCAUGUGGAAGGUCACGGCCUUCAUCGGCGUCAGCAUCGUGACGGCCCAGACCAUCUGGGAGGGCCUGUGGAUGAACUGCGUGGUGCAGAGCACCGGCCAGAUGCAGUGCAAGGUGUACGACUCCCUGCUGGCCCUGCCCCAGGACCUGCAGGCCGCCCGGGCCCUGCUGGUGGUCGCCAUCAUCCUGGGCGUCCUGGGCCUGCUGGUCUCGCUGGUGGGCGCCCAGUGCACCAACUGCGUGCAGGACGAGACGGCCAAGGCCAAGAUCACCAUCGUGUCCGGGGUGGUCUUCCUGCUGGCCGGCGUGCUGACCCUCAUCCCCGUGUCCUGGUCGGCCAACACCAUCAUCCGCGACUUCUACAACCCGCUGGUGGUCGAAGCCCAGAAGCGGGAGAUGGGCGCGGGCAUCUAUAUCGGCUGGGGGGCCGCCGCGCUGCUGCUGCUGGGCGGCGCCCUGCUCUGCUGCUCCUGCCCCCCCAAGGACAAGAAGUACAUCCCGGCCAAGGUCAUGUACUCGGCGCCUCGCUCUUCCGGGCCCAGCUACGACCGCAAAGACUACGUGUGAGCCAGGGGCCGGACCGUCCCCCCUUCUCCCUCCGGACGGACCCUCCCCUCGCCCCCUCCCCCUCCGGACGGACCCUUCCCCACCCUCCCACCCCGGGGGGCUCAGCGGGACCUGAGCGGAGGCUGUCCAGGCCAGAUCGGACCCGGGCCCCGGAACCGGCCGGACGGUGGCCGGAGCCUGGCAGGAGCGGGUUGGACGGAAGGGCUGGGGGGUGCGGGUGGAGAGAGGAGGAGCCGA